CCCGGGUGCGAGUGGCAGGCCCGUCUGUUAUCCCGACUUUGGAGACGCAUACCCUAGCCCAGCAUGUCAAAACCCCGCUCCACGGCGGCGACCCCCUCGUGUCCGAGCAAGCAGAAGGUGGCCAGGACGGGGAAGAUUAGGAACCCCCUGCCGAUGAACCUCUAUCGCCCUUGGAAUGCGGCCGGAGUCCCCAGUCGCCGAUGCACGACGAAGAAGCCGCUUCGAUUCUCUAUGCCCAGCGCAGCCACUUGUCGCCCUCGCCCGUGCCCAGUCUCGACCUUGGUGCAGAGCCCGAACUGGACCCCGAGCCCGACCAUGUCGAGCUGAAGCUCGAAGUCAUCGCAGAGGCCAGCAGCACCCGCGCCGCCACCGCCAGCAUGCCACCGGCGACGACACCGGCAAAGAAGAGACACCUCAUCGAUCUCGACAACGAGGACGCCGAAGAGGAGAACCAGGUCCCUCGCCGGCGCCGCGGAUCCUCCACGCUGUCGUCCCAUCCCGUUGUCAGCCGGCUGCGGCACGUGGCGUGUCUCGAGGGCACGAACCUCGUGGACGACGUCAUCGUCAACCAGCUGAUCCGCCAGUUCGCCGCGACGUGUCCGCGCCCCACGGGGCUUGUCGAUAGCCUCACCGUGUCGAGCAUCCUGUCUGAGUCGGCGCGGCGUCCCAACCGAGGCCGGUUCCGCGAGCUGGACGGGCAGGCCGCCUUCGUCAUCCCUAUCCACCGCGACUCCCACUGGUGCCUGGCCUACUGGGUCGCUGGGACCGGCGAGGCGGCGUACUACGACUCCAUGUCGCCGGCGUGGGUUGCUCCGGCGGCUGCCGAGCGGGUGAGGCGUGUCAUCUGCUGGAUUCGAGGGACCGACGAUGCGGCGGAGCAAAAGGAGGUGGCAGUCAUGCCGGCCAAGUGCCCAAGACAAGUCAACAUGUUCGACUGCGGCAUCCAUCUCCUCGCCAACGCGGCACUCCUCUGCGGCCAUCGCAGUGAAGGCAUCGAGAAGCAGGACAACACAGCCUCCCUUCGAACCCUGCUUGCGGCCCAGUUCCUCGCCGCCACUUGCCGGGCCGCCCCCUUUGGUCUUGAGGCCUUUAUCACCGCCACCGCCACCGGCAGCAGCCACACCACCACCAGCAACCGCGGCGACGCGAGGCUCACCAGCCACCAGCGCAUGUCGUUCCUGUGCCAGAAGAUCCGCGAACUCCAGCAGGGCGGCUUCGUCCCGCAAAACGUCAUCGCCCCGCUGCAAGCCGAGCUAGACACGUACUCGACCGCGUCCGUCCUGGUGCGCCUGCUCGAGUACCACCGGCGCGUGCUCGGCAAGCUGUUCUCGGUCGACCCGCUGCUCAACCUCUCGGGGGACUUCCUGGCGCUUCUCUCGUCACGCGGCGCCCACAACGACGACGUGGUGGACGACGACCUGCUCCCCGCCGACAGCCGCUUCGCGCUCGCCAUCAUCUGCCAGAGCUGCCGGCAGAUCCUCGCCAACGACGGCCGGGGCUCGGCGUCCAGGGGGAUGCAGUGGACGAGGAGCUGCCAGGCAAAUGUCGCGGUUCGGGUGUUGGUGUGGCUGCUCGUGUACGCUGGGCAGAAGUUCACUGCCAGCAUUGCUGCGAGGAACGCCUUGACUAGGCCGUCGAUGUAGCUUUGGAAUCGGGAGUUGGCAUGUCUUUGACUCUGUAUUUAUUAGAAUACCUUAGCUAUAACC